CUUCCGGCCAGCUCCGCUGUGUGGGCCGUGGCGCAGCGGCAGCCGCGGGUGCGAGGCAGGCGGCCAUGGUGCUCCUCACCGUCAUCGCGCGGGUGGCCGACGGGCUUCCUCUGGCCGCCUCCAUGCAGGAAGACGAGCAGGUGAGCGGCGGCCGGGCCAAGCUAGGCCUCCACCUCCUGCUCCCGGGACUCCGGGCGCGGCUACUCGGAAGCAGGAGCCCUGCGCGAUCCUGGCUCCAGAGGCGCCGCCUCCGUCGGUCCGCUGGAGAUGUCGGCCUCGGGGCUCCCCGCCAGGCCUGCCUGGGAGGUCCGCGGUUGCUGAGCGGGCCCGGCCGAGAAUGGCCCUCCUGGCUCCUGAAGUCGAGGGCCGGAUGAAUCUGCUUCUCUUCCCACCCCCCACCGCAAGAGAGAGCCCCCACCCCAUCUAAGAGAUGAGGCAGGAGGGACAGCCUUCCUUCCAUCUUUUGCUCAGAAUAUUUUGCUUUCUUAGAAGAACACAUUGUGGGGGCUGGGAAUCCUGAGCUGAAAUUUCGGGGGUCCAGCUGGGUGCCUUUUCUGUUGUUGUAUAAAGGAAACAGUCUAGUAGCAGCAGCAGAAGGGGAAGCAUUUCGGUUUGGUUAUUCUUGACCCAGUUCCUAUUGGUUCAGUGACUGACACUUUGCUCUGAGCAAAGGCCAGUGCUUUGUCAGCCUGUUGGAGCUUUGCAUUAAAGAUUUGUGUUGUUUUGUAGUCUGGUAGAGACCUGCAGCAGUACCAGAGCCAAGCCAAACAGCUGUUCCGGAAGCUCAAUGAACAGUCUCCGACCAGAUGCACCUUGGAAGCAGGAGCCAUGACUUUUCAGUAAGUACAACAAAAACUCCGGUGCAGAGGCUCAGUAGGGAGUUGUAGACGGUAUGCUGGAUUAGGGGUUGCUAGAGAAGAUGAUUGCUCUGUGUCUUUAGGGAAAAUUUGGGAAAGAUGGAAGUUGGUUUGCUGUCAAGCUAACAUCAGACCUGUUGUAUCUUCUUUUGCAGUUACAUCAUUGAGAGAGGGGUGUGUUACCUGGUGUUGUGUGAAGCUGCCUUCCCCAAAAAGCUGGCCUUUGCAUACCUGGAAGAUUUGCACUCAGAAUUUGAUGAGCAGCAUGGAAAGAAGGUCCCAACGGUGUCCAGACCCUAUUCUUUCAUUGAGUUUGGUGAGGUUCUUCCCCUUCCUCAUCAGGCAAAGGCCUGCCUGCAAGGUUCCUUUAGUAGUCCUGAUGGCGGCUUCUCCUCCUUGUGCCAUCCCUACUUCUCCCUCCUGGAAAGUUUCUUGCAUUAGCACAGUCCUUUAAAAAAUAGUAAUUGCUGUCCUCUAAAAAGACCCCGAAGACUGGAUCCUCCCAGAAGCUUUACAGAAUAUCAGGUCAGAUUAUGCAAAUAUCCCUUUCCCUCACACAAAUACAGUGGACUCUGACAUUCUUUGUUCUUGGGUGAUCUGUGUCAUCUGAGUUGCUCUGAGCCCGGCCUUGGCUGGGGAGGGCGGGGUGUAAAUAAAAUUAUUAUUAUUAUUAUUAUUAUUAUUAUUAUUUAUUAUCUCUUAUAAACACUCUUGUACUUAGGACCAGUGAGAGUUUCUGAAUGCUUGUCACCAUGGUUGCUCAACCUUGAUAGGAAAAUUAUGGACUAUAUUACAUGUGAUGCUGCAACCAUCAUUAAGUUGCACACCUAUGUUACACAAAAACAGCUAUUUAGCAAUAGGUGAAUGUGAGUUCCAAUUUUCAUAAGUAUCUCAAUGCACAGGGAGAGUAGAUUUAACCCUUCCCAACUGUUACCACAGUGACAAUUCCCAUCCCACCCUAUUAUUAGCUUUAGAAGAAAAUGCUCUAAAGCAUGCCAAUGGAGCUAACAGUCUUGGGGAGCCAAUUUUCAUUAGGACCAUGAUUGUGGAGACAAGGUUAAACCUCCUCUCCACUGGAUGCUACAAUGAAAAUUGCCACCAAAAAGGAUAAUUGGUGGACAACCAAGACUGACCACAUGUGUGGAACUGAUAAAUAAAAGACAUAAAUUAGCUGUUGGACACUGAAGGGAAGAGAGACUAAUUCAUGAGCAGCUACCUCUUGUUUCAGAUACUUAUAUCCAGAAAACCAAGAAACUAUAUAUUGACAGUCGUGCAAGAAGAAACCUUGGCUCCAUCAACACAGAGUUGCAGGAUGUACAGAGAAUCAUGGUAGCUAACAUUGAAGAAGUUCUACAACGAGGCGAGGCACUUUCAGGUACGGUGACUGUUGCAUGCACAAGUUGCUCUGCCUUUUUAUGGGAUGAUCAGGUGCGAUUGUAGCCUAUGCAGUAGGAACAGGGGAAGCUGUGGCAAGCUGCUUUGUGCAAUAUAACAACACACCCUGUCUGCACAUGCACUUUCCCUACAUUAAAAUAUUCAACAGAUGCUUUAUUACGGGGGCCCACACCAUUGGAAUUGCAGUAAGUGGCUACUUUCUCCCUUGUGGUGCUCCAAGAUUGAAUGUGUUCCAGCUCUGAUGUUGCUUUGAUGUCAUGUCAUAAAUAUUCAAAUGACUUUUUAUGUAGGCUCCCCACCCCCCAUUUUGUGGCUUGCCUUGUGAUUUUUUGGUAAAGGGUGGGACAUAAAUAAAAUAAAUAAAUGAGAACACUUAUUAAUAUAUCCAGGCUUCAUAAAUGUUUGUUUAUACAUGUUUUAUAUUUACUCAUGAUUUUAUUCUGCUCUUACAUGUUUUUUUCCUGCUUCUACAGCAUUAUCUGUAUAUGUUAACUGCUUUUAUUCUGAUUUGCUUUGCUUUAUUAAGUCCCCUGGAAACUUGCCUGAAGGGUGUAGUAGAAUACCAUGAAUAAUUACUAUCAUGUCAUGCACCAUAGCAAGCAUGACAAUUUCCAGCCUUGGCCAGGCAAAAACCUGUUGACCCCUGUUCCCCAAAACUCUGUUAGUGGUGCUCCAGCAGUCAUCUCUGCUCUGGUUUCUCAUCUCCUUCCCCAUUCAACAAAUCUUUAUUCUUCUCCUUAGAAUUAAAGCACCCUACAGCUUUGCCCUGUACUAGUGUUAAGCCCUUAGUCAAUGACAUGUUGUGCCCUAUGAUCUUCCCCAAACUUGACUGCAUUCUUAUAGCAUCUUAAAGUCUCCUACUCUUUUCUGUUCUCUCGCAAUCCCUUGUACCUUGAACUCUCCCCCAUAACACCUGGGUGUUACUACUUACUUCUUUUUCUUUAAAUCAUAGAGUUGGAAGGGACCCUAAGGGUCAUCUAGUCCAACCCCCUGCAGUUCAGGAAUAUCAGCUAAAACAUCCAUGACAGAUGGCCAUCCAACAUCUGCUUAAAAACAUCCAGUGAAGGAGAGUCCACCACCCUCCGAGGUGGGUUCCACUGGCAAACAGCUCUUACCAUCAGAAAGCUCUUCCUGAUUUGUCAGAAUCUCCUUUCUUGUUCAGGGCCUACCCUUUGGAGCAGGAGAAAACAAGCUUGCUCCAUCUUCCAUGUGGCAGUUCUUUAGUUAUUUGAAAAUGGCUACCCUAUCUCCUCAGUCUCCUCUUUUGCAGGCUAAACCUACCCAGCUCCCUCAACCAUUCUUCCUAAGGCUUGGUUUCCAAAUCCUUCGUCAUAUUGAUCAUCCCUUAUUUCCAGUUAAAUCAGGCCUAAGUAUAUGUAUCUUCUUUUGCUUGCUUUCUUCCCAUGUUACCAUUGCAUAUCCCAUUCUUCAUCUUUUUUUUCUUUUGUUCAUCAUGCUUAAAUUAUAAGUUCCUCAGAACAGAGAUCUGCCUUUUCUGAUUUUGCCCUAAAGCCAAAGCAGGCAGAAUGUCCAUCUCAAUUGUAUGUUGAACAAGCUGGCUUGUUUAUGGUAGGUAUCUUCAUAGCUCAUUGCUUCAGCAAUGGGACCUGGCCUGGAACCAUGUCUAACUUGGCAGUGGUUGCAGUAGUCACCCAUCACUUGGGCAAAUGGUAUAGCACCUUUCUUCUCUGUGGUGGAGCUCCAGCUCUGUAGCUUCUGCUUCUCCGCCUCUGUAGCUUUUGCUUCAUACUUUUCAAAAUUUCUUGCUUCCUCUUUUGUUUGAGCAGCAAUUGAGCAGUUCAGAUGUGAACUUAUACAGUUUGCCAUUACCUGUCCCACCCCAGACCCAAAAUGUGGGAGGUACAUUAUUGUAGAAUUCAGGGCAGUUGUUGAAAGUCUGACAAACUGUUCUUCCACUUGCUGUGCCCAUAAUAUGUGUGUCCAGCUUCUCUUUUAAUGGAGAAGUGGGGCUUACUUCCAAGGGCACAGGAAAAGAAGGGGGUGGGUGGUGGCAGCAGCAGGGGAGGCGGUGAGCAGGUGAUGAGUUAUUAGCAGUAGUUGGAUCUUGGUAUAUAAAUAUUUGGGGCAUGUAUCCCACAGAAUACAAGAACUGAAAGUCUGUGAGGGGGGGUUACUUGCAAGUAGUUUCAGAAAGGGUAGGGGAGCAGCCUGAGGUCCUCAUAAAUGGCAGGUGCACAGGCUGUUACAAAGGCAGACAUCCAUUGAUUCAGAAAAAAAAUUGACUGGUUUAUUCAGAGGGUUGCAUUGCAGAGAAAGAAUGCAGUUUUGCAUGCUUCUGACAUGAGUUUAGGAUGCACAGUUCGCAUUCAGCUUACACGUUAAAAAUGAUACACCAGAGCUCAUGGGGAAUAAUAAACUCAGAACAGUGACUAACAGUAUUAGCUAUUGAUUAGGACACUUUUGAAUCAGAAACUUACACAUCACAUAUUGACCAAAUCUUUGCUGUAACACAAUUCAAAAGUUGUAGGGGAAGAUGGUUUCGCUCAGUCCUCAUUCAUCCUGCCCAUAGCAGCUUCUGGAUUCCAUGACUUCCCAGGCAGUGCCUCAGUUUCUCAGCUAGUACUUCCACCACCUUAUCGCCGCAACGUCAGAGUUCUAGAAACCAAGGAGAAGUUUUUAAUAAACUCUUGCUUGGGUCCUAAGAUACAUUAACCUACGGGAAUAAAUGGAAGGGCAGUUUCCCUCCCAUUCCCCACUUGCAGCUGCUUGUGACCCCUCUGAAAACCUUUGCAGAAAGUGGGGUGGGAGCAUCCUUCAAAUCAAUAGAGGAAGGAUGGGAGAAGACACACCCCUUUUGUGAACUUCCUUUACUUAUCUUAGAAUCUAAACCUGACUAUGGCAGCCCCUCCCCAUGUCCCCUCCUAAAUUCUUCAGAAGAGUCCCACAUCCCUCCAGAAAGACUUUUCAGAUGAUGGGUGGCUGCUGGAAUAAAUGUAAGCCACUUUUUCUAACGAAAAGCAAACUUUUUGAUUAACAGCAGAUAAUAGACACUGGGUGCUUGACAGAAACUGUCUUCCUCCUGUAAUUUUUCCAACAAGGAAAAGGAAAACGUCUGCUCUUAGGUCAGACUGAAGUCAGCAGAUUCGGGCCUUUAAUUUGAAACAUAACAUGAAUCUAUGGCAAUGCAAUAUAAAUUCGUAACUGCACACCUACAAAUACUAAUGUGUCUUAUUAAUUAUUUGUUCUUUUGAAACAGCUUUGGAUUCCAAGGCAAACAAUCUGUCCAGUUUGUCGAAGAAAUAUCGCCAGGAUGCAAAAUAUUUGAACAUGCGUUCCACCUAUGCCAAGCUCGCGGCUGUCGCCGUGUUCUUUAUCAUGUUGAUUGUCUAUGUGAGGUUCUGGUGGCUUUGAGAGGUUUCCAGGCACCAAAGAGGGACAGCUAGUAACACAGCAGAUGCAUAGUUGCAAGAUGCCAAGAUCACCGGAAUGUACAUUAGAAGCCCCAAAUGGGAUGACUGUAUAGUGAGAAUUGCUGCUACUUUCCGGUGAAUCUUAAUUCCCAAAUGUCAAAGCUUCCUGGAUUUUCUUUUGCACUUAGAAGACAUGAAAUUUGUCCAUCCCACUAGCAGCACGAUUUCCAUCCCUAAUGUGAGAGGGAAGUCCUGAGUUGGCUUAUGAGGCUGAUUCACAGCUUUCGCGUUGAUGCUGCAGUAGACACCCCUCUCUCCCUGUAAAUGAUCCCAGCCCUCAUAGGAAAGGGACUCUAAUGAACAUUCCUGGUGCUAGUAAUAUUUUCUUAAGGGUCUGGAUCUUGCUACUUGUGCAGAAAUUCCUGUUUAAAGGCUGAGUCUUUACUGUACUUCCAACAUGCUGACAUUUCACCAUUAAUUUCUUAAACAGGUAGGAAAUUCUGGUUCAGUAGACUUCAUUAUUGUUAGAUAUAUUGAAUCAUUACACCAUUGAUUUAGAAAGUAGAUAAGAAAUUCUGCUUCAGCAGACUUCAUUAAGUGCUCAGUAUAAUGUUGAAAUAGUUGUCACAGAAUUAAAUUACAAGCACGUAAUUCAUCUUCAUUUCAGAUAAAUCUAUGUUUUUAAAACCAACAGCAAGUUCCACAUUCUCUGCAUAUUUUACAGGGAGGGGCUUGGCGUCUCCUGCUUGUUGGGUUUUUCCUCUCUCCCGCAAAUGUCACUAUUUCUUUUGCUUUGUGCAGUCUGUAAGACAACCUACUAUUUGGAUCUCGUGGCACACGAAAGGGCUGAAGAAGAGCAGGUCUCUUCCUGAAUUCUUGACAGUCUGUGCUUUGAAAAAUUAAGCUCCUUUGUCAUUCUCUUCUUCACUGUAUCUUUGUCUGUUUCCCACUUCUGUAUAGCAAACCUGUGGAGCAGAAACUGUUAGUGUCCUGAACUCUGGUAUCUGUGUCUGAGGACUGCUGACUCUCAGAGGGAUGCUAUCAUGCAGUGUGAAAAGUAUUUUCAGAUGUGUCUUAAGAGCGAAUCUCAAAUAAGGAGAUAGUAGAACUAAUCUCCCAUGUGUUCUCAGGCAGCCUGUCUGAGUAUUUGCAAGGGGGUGAGAAAAGGGAGUUGAAGAGCAGAACACCACAUACUAUGUUUCUAUCAGAGAUAAUGAAAAGAAAAUUGGUUUUAUUUAUUUCAAUUGGCAAGCGCAUUAUUACAGCCCUCUCUUAAAAAUAAAAGGUGAAUUCACAGCAUUUUAUCGAACAAUUUUUAAUUUGAAGUUUUGAAGCUCAAGCAGAUAUAUAUAACCACCCUUUUUUUGAUAGUUAGUAGUUUGGUAGCUCAUGGGAAUGUUGUAGUGGACAUUGGGUUGUAUCCAGCAAAAGUAAUUACGUGACUGAAGGAAUUGAAUUCGCCCUCCCUGCUCCAUCCUCAAACCUGCUCCAGGCCAUGUGUGUCUGUGUGUAUGUAUGUAUGUGGAUUGAUUGAUUGAUUGAUUGAUUGAUUGAUUGACUGACUGCAUACAUGCAUGCAGCGGGAGAAUAGAGAGGGGGAAUUCCAUUGUAUGAGUAGAAUGAAUUCCAUUCAUGCAAUGACUUUGUUGGGAACAAGCCAAAGUCUCCUGGGAUAUCCUUGCUGACAAGCUAGUAAAAUGUAAUUUGAAUAAUACCACGGUUAGAUGGAUCUUCAGCUUUCUAAAAUGAAUUCCCAAACAUCCCUCAUUCACGACUGCAUCAGUGGAAGAAGAAUCUCAAGUAGGGUGUCAUAGGACUCUGCCUUUGGCCCUGUGCUGUUCAACAUCUUUAUAAAUGACUUGGAUGAAUAGAGGGGAUUAUUUCCCUAUACUACAUUUUCACUGAGAAGCCCCAUCUGCCUCUCAUUUCACUCUACAGCACAGUGCAGUAACCACCUUCUUGACAGUUGGACCCACUGUUGGUCUGGUCCACUCAUUCUUCUGGAGCCUGUCUGCAUGCAGGGGAAGUCCCUAAGUCACUGAGGGUUUGAGACCCAUCAGCUACCCUCACCUAGUUUAGAUGGCCAGCCUCUAGGAGCCACAGGUGAGAGGUGAGUGCAGGGUGUGGACCAAAGGUGGCCAAACUACCCCAGAGAAAGCACAACGUGUCUCCCACCAAAGGUACUAACCCUCCCCUAACACCCCCAUACCUGGGAAGCUCGCCCAUCUAGGAGAAGGCAAACGUACUAAACCUCUUCUGCCUUGUGGCUAUACACAUUUGUGUGAGAGGAUUUGAGUGUAAAAAUCCGUACCAGCUGCCUGGUGGGACAUCUUUGGAAGAAGAAAAGGCUAAGGAACAAGCCCUUCACAAAUCUGGAGACCCUAAGACCAAGGGUCAGCAAACUUUUCUACCAGCAAGCCAGCAUACUGUCCCUCAAAUCUUCUGGCACAUGUGCACACACACACACUGGCAGAGGGGGGCUUCUCUCUCCCCCUCCUCCUGCUUUCCUACUUCCUGGCAGCAGUUGGGAGCUGAUGGCGGUGGCAGCACCUCUUGUUUCUAGGAGAGCCUUCCCGGGCGCGGGGCCAGCAGGCACGCCAAGCUCCGGCUGAAGCCUUGCGGCACGCCCACUAGCCCCUCUGUCCAUGGCUGCGAUGCCAUGGCUGCAGAGGAAAUUCCGUGUGCCUUCAGAUUGGCCGGUGUAGCUGCCCGCCCAGAAGCUUCCGCAGCUUCGAAUUGGCUGUGGGAGCUUCCUGGAGCCAAUCCGAAGCCGCGCCGGGUUUCCUCAGCACGCAGGCGGUGAGGCUUCGGAUUGGCCAGUGUCACCACCUGCCUAGAGGCAUCCGCGGCUUCAGAUUGGCUGCAGGAUCUUCCUGGAGCCAAUCCAAAGCAGCCCAUGCACCCAUCGCAGAAUUCAGUCCCUGCGCAGCGAGAUGUCGCCAUGCCAGUUCAGCACGGGGACUGACUGGGCAGGUGGCAGGGUCCUUGGGCCUUAUCUGGCCCACGGACCUUAGUUUGCCAACCCCUGCCCCAAGAUGGUUGGAUGGUACAUUGUAUGCCUCCUUCCAAUAGCUCUGGCUACCAAGCUAGCACCAGGUAUCUUGCUCCGUUUUCCUUUUGUCCACAUUAGUUUUGUUUAAAAAUUGUUUUAUUUUUUAUUUUGACAAAGUAAUAAUAAUAAAUAAAUAAGAAUAAAAAUGUGCACAG